UCGGAAAAAAACUCACAAAAGAAGAAGAAGAAGAAAAGCAGAAGAGCUGUGAGGUUUUAGGCAGAUCCUACAGACUAACACUGUGUGUAAUUCAUCACGGUACAUUUCAUCCUCCUGCUGCUUUAAGGAUCUUCCCCAGCCAUGUCUGCUGACAUCAUGAAAGCCCCAUCCGUUGUGUUCGUCCGUGGUCCUGGUGAUGGCAUGGAGACGGCCAAACCUUCCCUCAGCCCGGAGACGUCUGUAGAGACUCUGCCUGUAAAAAUGUCUCCGCCGAGGCCAUGCUCCAGGACUGCACAGACGUCCCCUGGCGUCCUUCACCUGGGGAAAGUGAACAAGGAAUCCUGCUCCGAGGUGGAGGCCGUGCGCAUUGUCGUUCCGCGCGCCGCCAUCACCCGGAGCGUUCGGGCCAGCGCCCACGAAGAAAGAGGAUCUGGGUCUCCACACCACGGUGAAGAUCAUCGUCCUCCGUCUCCGUCCCCCGAGCCGCAGGAUUACAGGAGCGUCGUGGAAAAGCUGCAGAACUCCGAGCGCAGGCUGCUGCAGGACAAAGAGGGGCUUUCGAACCAGCUGCGUGUUCAGACUGAGGUAAACAGAGAGCUGAAGAAACUCCUCGUGGCCUCAGUAGGUGAUGACUUGCAAUAUCACUUUGAGCGUCUGUCGCGCGAGAAGAACCAGCUCAUUCUGGAGAACGAGGUCCUGGGGCGGAGCCUGGCGCACACGGCCGAGCAGCUGGAGCGCAUGAGCAUCCAGUGCGACGUGUGGAGGAGCAAAUUCCUCGCCAGCCGAGUGAUGGCUGAGGAGUUGACUAAUGCCCGAGCUGCUCUCCAGCGACAGACUCGAGACGCCCAAACUGCCAUCCAGGACCUGCUGCGUGAGAGAGAGGAGUUCUCUCGAGACAUGAUGCACACACACAGAUCUCUAGAGCAGCUGCUUGUCUCGCUACAGUGGGGUCGACAGCAGACCUACUACCCCAGCGCACAGCCGCUCAGCACCGGGGACCUGGCCGCCGCCAAUCACAAGCUGGCUGACGCUAUCAACUCGCACCUGCUGGGAAACACGGGCAAGAGCAGCGCUAGUGUGAAAAGCAGCUCUGCUUCAGAACUCUGCAACACACCAGCGGAGAAGAUGGCUGAAAAGGUUCUCCGGAUCCUGGAUCCAAUAUCCUGCCCCGACACGGAGAGUGACCCGGGCGGUUCCGAAUCCACCGCUUCCUCUUUCCUUCCCAAUAAAAAAAGCAUCGGGCGUUUCCACCCGUACACUCGCUACGAGAACAUCACCUUUAACUGCUGUGAACGCUGCACUGGCGAGCUGCUUGUCCUCUGAGACUAACUCAUGUUAAAGGAAAACUGUUAUUAUCCUUUUUUUUCACCUAAUCUCUGUAGUGUUUGUGAUUGUGAUUACUAUAGACAAGGAAGUGGCGUGUACAGAAUAGAGAUCAGAAAAACUGUUCACUACGAGAAACCUAUUUAGAAUGGACGUCUAAGGGCAGGUGUGGAAUUUUUGAAAGCACACCAUGCUGUUGAAGUGUUUUUAUAAAUGUAAUAAACAGCCUGAUCUGUUGAAGUAUAUGGAUUUAAAGCUACGCAUACAAAUCGUUUGGAUAAAAAUAUGAACAGUGUUCAAGUCAAACCGGGACUUCUGAUUUCACAGAAUAACUAGUCCUUGGAUACCAUCAAGGUAGAAAGUUUUCUCAGUACGUCUUAAAGUGCAUCACUGAAACUCCUCUUGUGGUGAAAAACAAACAUUAAUCAGUUACAUUCUUAAUCAAUGAUUAAACAUGAACAUACCACAAAUAAAAUCAUAGUGAUUGCACGAAUGCUCUCUAAUAGUCUUUCUCCAUGUUUUAUAAUGCUUGGAGUGAGGUCAGGACACAGGAGGUGGGACGUGGGAAUAACUCCCAGCCGAGUUCCUGUAAUGUCCAAGUGGUGCUGGAGAAUCACUGUGUGUAGAGUUGGAGACCAGUUACAGUAUCUAUCGAUAUAGUGGUCCAUUUGCAGAAUGUUCACAUGAGCCACCUUGGCUGGGAUCAUCAUUCACGGUUGUACACUCCUUUUCAAAACGUUUGCACCAUUGAAAUGUUUUACUGCGGCUAAGAGUCUCAUCACCGUUCUGUGCUUGAAGUCUUCUGUAAAUAUAAAUCAGUUUCACGUCUUCGCUUACAAGAAAAGGCCCGGUUUUACUUGAACACUCCUUAUAGUUACAUGGGAUUAAUUUACAUCAACAGUCUGUCUGUUAGCUUCUCUUCUAUGUGAGUUUCAAGUAGAUUUUCACUUCUUUUCUCAGGACAGUGUUUGUCUGUGAGGUUUAGAAAUCUAUACAUGUGAAUCCAUACAGAUGUGAUGAAGAGAUUAGGUUAAAAAAUAUUUUUUUUUUCGUUAUCAUGUUUUUUUUCCAGUCCGGUCCUGUGAUGAUUAGUAAUGCAAUCGUGUACAAAAGUUUGCACACCCUCAGGACAAAGAAAUGAGUAUUUGAGGAGUAUACAGAUUGAACACAAGUAUUCCUUUAUUAAUACAGGUACAGUACACAUUUUCGUGUAUAAUAAGUUCUGCGUCUCACUUUUUAAUUGUGAAUAAUGUAAAUAUUCUCUAAUAACACGUUUGCCGGUGCGUCACUUUUAAAACUAUUCAAAUCAAGUUCAUAUUCUCGGGCAGCUCUGGGAUUGUCACUGCAGCCUCGUAACACUUUUUGCCAGAUUGUUUUGGAGCUCUUUACUCAUUUUCCUGUUUUUUUUUUUUUGGUGUGAUUUUUCUUUUUCUUAUUUGCUGUGUGUUAAACAUUAGAAGUGCAAACGUUUGCUUUAGACUUUUGGGUGCAUCAGAAGACACACAGCCUCGAUGCUGGACUAAUUAUAGACCUGACUUUUUACUUUUUCAGAAAGUCUAUUUACUAAAUCUGGAAAUAGAUUUGAAUGCAACACUAAAUCGCAUUCUGUGAUUAGUAAGCUGGUGACUUUGUCGCUUCGUCGCAUUGAUUUGACCAAAAAAAAAAUAAAUGCUGUAUGCUCCAGUAGGUGCAGAAAUAUCAGAAUCUUUGGUGUUCAAACAGCUGGAGUUGUUACCUUUGCAUAAGAAAUGUGGCGAAAAACAUCUUUUUUUGUGGACACCAAAGAAAAUGUAUGUUUGGAACAGGAAUUGUCUUAAGUUUUUCUGUAACUUGAAGCUGUCGAUUUCCUCAUCAGCUUUCGUUUACGUGUGACUUUUUGCACAAGUAUUUAAAUGCUAUGAGUCAUGAUUUACCUGAUGUGUUUCUAAAAAUUGCUGUGCUUGUGUGUAUUAUUAUUUUUUGUUAAAUUCCCAGAAAUUGGAAUUUAUUCAUAUCGUAUGUAUAUCAGGUAAUAUGUACGUGACCGUUUUUUGGCUAAAAGCAGACAAAGCUGAGCGAUGCUUGUUUAAGCAGUAUUUAUAAAGGCGGUGGAUGAAAGUGUUGAUCCUGCGUGCAAUAUCAAACUCUGUGGUGCUCACCCCUGAUCCUGUAAACCUGAAGGCAUCCUUAGUGUUUUCUCAGCUCCCAGGACACCAUAUUUAACUAAUCUAGGAUUUUCUGAAGUGAAGUGUGAGUGACAGAGCAGGGAAAAGGCUAGAAUGUGCAGGACAGGUUGUCCUCCAGGUCCAGGGUUGAGAACCACUGAUGUGUAAGUCAUUUCUACUUAAAUCACUUUUUGUAAAACUUUUUAAACAUAUCUGUACAUUUUGUAAUUGUCUGAAAUGAACAUGAUAGUGUAAGUUGAUUAUACAGUAAUGAUUUUGAUGUCAGAAUUUUGCAAAUAAAUGCUAU